AUGUAUCACGCAGCCUCGCGGCGCGUCUGCGCCCAAGCUACGAAGCUUCUACGAGCGCAGCGACAGCCAUUGACACGAUCAAUACAGACUCAUAGCGCUCGCCCAACACCAUGUUCGAAAUCCCCAAGACGCACUCUCAACUAUAUAUCAUCACUCCACACUCGCCACCUCACCACUGCCCAGAAGAUUCGCAUGAAAUACCGCGAGGCCUCAAAGGGAGUCUUCCGCAAAAAUCCAAUCUUGCUUCCUCUGGCCAUUUUCUCCGUGGUCGGUGGUAUCGCGGUUUUCGCCUACGUCUCCUACGUGGAGGUGACUCGUGUUCAGCCACAAUACCACAAAUUUCCGCCGCCAGUCACCGAGAAGCUGCGGACUGCGGUGUACUACACUGAGAUCAGCCUCAACCCACCGAAAGCAUUGAGUGCCUACAAGGAGGCCCUGAAAAUCGGCUUGGAAAUGGGCAUGCACCCUUUCUCUGAUGAGAUCUUGGGUAUCAAACUUCAAGUUGCCAUGAUGUUGGAAAAGUCUGGACUAGUGAAGCCCGCGGUUGAGGUGCUUGAACGAACAAAAAUGGAAGCAUUGAAAUGGAUCGAGGAGGGUCGCAAGUCAGAGAUAGCUGCCUCGGACACGAAGACUCUCGAGAAAGAGGCUUUGAAAGCGCUGAACGCACCACCAAAUGUCCCAAUCAACGACCAGGAGCUGCAGACAACCCUACAGCAAAUGAGGGAGACCCAAGAAUUCGAGACGAGGCAGCGCGAUCGAGCCCUCAAGAAAGUGAUUGGCAUCGAGAUGAAACUCGCCGAGCUGUACGCAAGUGACUACAUGCAAGAUGAGAAGAAAGCCGAAGAGGCUCAGGUCGCCGCCGUAGAGUUAAGUCUGAAAGAACUCAACAGGCGGCAGAAACUCGGCCUUCCAAUUGGGGGAGGAACCUCGGACGACGGUAACAGCGAGUCAUGGCUGAGUAUGACCGAGAUUGCGACCGCUCUGUCAGAGCUCGCGGAUACAUAUAUAGCGAAGGACCGCGCCGAGCUCGCAAUGCCCCUCUACCUGCGCGCAUUGGACUUGAUUCGAACCGCAGAGGGCAACGCACCCUCAUGUAAGCAGGUUGUGCUUUUGAACAGCGUCGCCAGCGCGAUGGUCGGCCAGGCCAUUGAUGUUGCUGCGUAUAUCAUGCCGCCUGUCCGAGACGAGGAGUGUGAUAUUACAUGCGUGGCUGCAACAUAUAACCUUGGCGAGAUCGCCGAGCUUCAGAAGAGGCCGGAGGUAGCGCUGCAGCGAUAUAGGGAGGCCAAAUCGCUGGCUCAGGGACUGGGCUACGAGGAUGGCAUCGCCAUGGCCGACGAGGCAUUGAAGCGCUUGAAGAUAUAA